CGUCUGACGUACUUCCGGACACGCCCCUCCUCCGUGACGCAAUUUCCACGGGAGCGGCCCACGUGACACGCCGUUGCCAUGGAAACCGUCGGGCAUUUGGCUAGAGUUUGCUUGGGUUCCUAGGAGCUGCAGGGCUGGAUGACAAGCUGCUUGGGGCCAACCCUGCACUGGAGACAGGAAGCCAGAUACCUGGAUGAGCCUCUGACCCUGAGCCUCAGGCUAGUUCAAGAGUCGGACAGGUGCCUGUGCAGAUAUCCUGCUCUAUAAGCGGGCACCUGCACAGAGGAGCUGUGAGGAUGGCUCACCUGCUGGGCAGCCAGGCUUGUAUGGACAGCCUGCGCAAGGACCUCACCGACCUGCAAGGUGCCAUUGUAGACGUCUUUUCCCGUGCUGGACCCGUGCGCUUUCCCUCCUGGAAGUUUCCUGACCGCGUGGCCUGUGACCUGGACAUGGUGGCCCUGCUAGAGCACUAUGACCAUGUGCCAGGUGACCCUGAAUUCACACAGCUGUCCCAUGCUGUACUUUUGGAGCUGGUCAUCGACAGGCUCCUGCUGCUACUUCAGAGCUGUGCGAGGUACUUGGAGAACCUCGGUUCAGAGCAGACGGUGCCCUCUGCCCGGGCUGCAGGGCCGUGCAUGUCCGUGGGGCUCACAGUGCGGCGCUUCUGGAAUAGCCUGCUGAAGCUGUGUGUGCUCUACCAGCAGGCUCCCCACCAGAAAAGGGCAAACCAAGGGGAGAUCCCUACUUCCAAGCCUACAGCCAAGGGCGAGCCAGCCAAGAGCCCUGAAUUUGUGACUGCCAAGUUCAUCAAGGCCCCCUCCCCAAUGCCAGGCUUGCAGUCUCCAGCCAGGACUGCUGAGAAUACCAGGAAUGUCCACUCCCAGACUGUGGAAACGGCCCUGGUACCCUGUGAUGCGUGUACCAGUGUCCAGGGCAGCCUGCAGGAGGUGGGCAAGGUGGUCAUCAGCCUGUGUCAGAGCCAGAACUUGCCUUCGUCCUUGGGCCAGUUCCAGCAGUUGGUACAGGACAGCAUGGGGCUCAGGCCCCUGCCGGCUGCCACUGUGGGCCACUGGGCGGCAGAGCAGAGCAAAGACCUGAUGCGCCUCAGUAAGCAUAUUGGGCCCCUAAGGACCCAGCUGGAGGAAGCUGAGGGGCAGAAGGAUGGACUGAGGAAGCAGGUGGGCGAGCUGGAGCAGGCACUGCAGCAGGAGCAAGGGGAGCGGCAACGGCAGGCAGAGGAGGCCCAAAAGUGCCUGGCCAAGUGGGAGCACGACAAGCAGCAACUGCUCACAGAAACAAGUGACCUCAAGAUGAAGGUGGCCACCCUGGAAGGAGAGCUGAAGCAGCAGCAGGAGUCCACACAGGCCGUGGAGACAAAGGCCCAGCAGCUACAGGAGGAGGCUGAGCGCAGGGCAGAGGCUGAGAGGCAGGUGCAGCAGCUAGAGGAGCAGGUGCAGCUGCUGGCAGGGCGGCUGGACGGAGCCAGCCAGCAGAUCCGCUGGGCCAGCACAGAGCUGGACAAGGAGAAGGCUCGCGUUGACAGCAUGGUCCGCCACCAAGAGUCCCUGCAGGCCAAACAACGAGCCCUGCUACAGCAGCUGGACAGCCUGGAUCAGGAGCGUGAAGAACUUCGUGGCAGUCUGGAUGAGGCCGAGGCCCAGCGGGCCCACGUGGAGGAGCAGCUGCAGAGAGUGCAGAGCGAGAGGGAGCAGGGGCAGUGCCAGCUCCGGGCCCAGCAGGAGCUGCUUCAAAGCCUGCAGGGGGAGAAGCAAGGCCUAGAGCAAGCAACGAGGGAUCUGCAGCUGACCAUCUCAGAGCUGGAAUUGGAGCUCGUGGAGCUGAGGGAGCAGGAACGGCUACUGGUGGCUUUCCCGGACCUGCACAGGCCCGUCGAGACCCAGAUCCAAAGCUCCGGCAACGUCACGGAUGACAUGGAGAGGCAAGUGCAGGCCAACGACAUCCGCAUCCGGGUCCUACAGGAAGAGAAUGGGCGGCUCCGGUCAAUGCUGUCCAAAAUUCGGGAGGUAGCCCAGCAGGGGGGCCUCAAGCUGAUCCCACAGGACCAGCUCUGGGCCCCUCCCAGCCAGGGAAUCCAAGGAGCAUCACCACCAGCCCAGGUCCAGAGAGCAUCCCCAGGGCUUCUGGGCAGGCAGCAUUUACCUGGCAGCAGGAUGGCCAGUGCAGGCAGGACCCUGCCUGGCCAGCCCCGGACAUCCCCACCUCAGCAGCCCGGUGGCCGGCCCAGUAAGUCCUCCCUGGAAGAUGUGACCCACUCGACUACCUGUGCCCAUAACCCCAUCCGGGCCUUGGCCAGGCUAAGGAGGAGACUGUCACCAAGCCAGAGCCAGGGUGGCCCUGCACACCAGCCCCAGGAGCGGCCAAUGUAGCCUGUAGUGGGGUGGGGCUGGAGGGCAGGUGGCUGGCAACCUACUUAAUGUAAUAAAGCCCCAGCCAUCUGCCCACAGCGACCUUGGCCUCACAGCACUGGCUGAGCUAGGGGCAGAGCCCUUCCUUCCCUGCCCUGGGCUGGUACCACUGAAUCCCCAGCCAUGCAGGUCACUCAUCAGCAGAGGCCUGGCACACCGUGGAUCCUCAGUAAAUGGGAGCUUUCUGAUGGAGGCAGUGGAAGAAGAUGGCACACCGAGGGCAGAAAGAAGCUUCUAGCACCUGGGCCAAGUGAAAGGCAGCCUUUCAAUCCCCAUAGCAAGGGCCAAAGGGUAGCAUGGACUCAGUCACCCCCCGCCCCCCACCAAUGAAAGGCAAGAUCAAUGUAGGGGGUGUGCCGGGGAAGGAGAGCAGUUAGAGGUGGGCCCAGUGAGAAUAUCUAAGGCAAGAAAGGAGUCAAAGACUGGGGUCCCGGCUCUGGGCUCCUGGAGACAGGCAGAGGGCGGCGAUGUUUCUUUAGCCUCAAGUCCGAACCUGGAGCCUCCCACCCUGGCUCUGAAUCUGGGGAUGGGGACAUUAAGGACCCAAGAAAGUCAGCAUUCCUUUCCCCAAGGAACUCGCCUUCAGGAAAUGUGAGUCACAAAAGGUUUCUGUAAAUCCAGAAGGACAGACCCCAGGAGACCACUGAAGACAGGGGAAGGCCUCACCCAACCAGAGAGCGGGACACCCCAGCCAGCCUUGGCUUUCCGAGGCCUACCCUUUGGGGCCUGGAUACUGACACCACCAGCCACACCAGGCCCACAGCAGUCGUUUUCCUCAUGAAGCCUCCAGUCUGUUCUGGGUCACCUCGUCUGUGAGGGACAGGCCCUAAAGCUUGUUGAGGACUUCUCAGAGUGGGUACUCCCAGCUUCCUGUGACAUUUCCCCUGGUAAGGAGGCCAGCAGGUAGAGCACCUCAGCUUAAAGAGAAGGGUCAAGAGGGGCUGGGUGUGCAGCUGAACUGGCAUGGCCAGGAUCUGCCCAAUUUUUGCUCUUAUGGAGCACAGGGGUUCCUGAGGGAGGCGAGGAUGCCCUGGCCCUGCCCCUCGCAAGUGAGAGCCAGCCCUGAGGCUGGGGGCUCCCUGAGGCAGGAGGCCUGGUCCCAAGUGCAGG